GAGCUUCCUGGGCGCUUCGUCAGUGCUGGUCAGAGCGAUACUGACGAUACAGCUACACGUCUACAUCCUCCGUCUUGCGCACAUCAGCGCCUCGCCGAGAAAUGGAGCCAGUGAAGACGCCGCUAGUCGAGCAGCACAACGCACCGCGUGCUUCUGCCGACCGCUUCCCGGCGUUGGGCUACAAUCUGCAACCGAACAAGCAGAGCUACCUCCUAGAGGCGAGUAUUUCACGCACUAGUCGCUGCUGUCCACUGACAUCACAACGGACCGACAUGGACCACCGACCCUCCUCUCACGUGGGGGAGCACAACCCCCCGAAGGUCGACGACGACGAGCUCCCGCCCGCGAUGCAGUUGCAGGAGCAGCACUUCGACCGCGAUUUCAGCAGCGGCAACACGCCCCUGCGCCAACUGCGCCCACUGCGCGCUCCAGCCUCGUCUCCGCGCGAGAGCAGCCACGACCCGCGAGAGCACCCGCAAGAUGCCACCGAGAUCUCGCUGCUGGACCAGCAGCGCGCCGCGCACCAAGCGACACUGCGUAAACCUCCCAAGGCCCCCGCACAGCCUCCCGGCAAGGCUUCGCGGAAACCCAGCCGGCGACCAGCGGCCAGCAAGCCCAUCAAGAAGAACGACAUGGUUGCCAAGCUGGAGGUGAUCUGCGAGAUCGAGCGGUGCUGGGGCGCGGGCUUUAUCCGCGCGUACGUGCCCAAGUGCCACCGGCCGCUGGUCAAGCGUGGCAGGGACGGUAAGCGCGCCAUGUAUCGCGAGCACGAGGCGGAUCCGAAGAAGUGGCUACCGAGCGUGCUGAAGGCGAUUCUGAGUCUGGCCAAGAUGACGGCGAAUAAGGCGUGGUUGAAGAAGGCGAUGAAUGAUGUGGUGCGGUAUCGCAUUAAGAACACUGGUAAUCGUAAGCCGCAGCUUGUGACGACCGAUUUUGAUGUGCUGGAGGAUAUGCUCGUCAAGGACUGGGAUAUCGCGUAUAGCUUUGGCAUUCGCUACAAGCAUCUCCUGACGAACCCGCAGGGGCAUCAGGACACGGAUGAAGACAUUGACCACAUCCUGGGCGUGCCGUCCGGCGUGCCGUCCGGAGAAGAGGGUAGCGGCGACGACGACGAGUCCAAGCCCGGCGACGCAAAUAACCGGUACGACGACGAUAGGGACGAAGACCAUAGCGAUGACGACUUGGGGCACGGCGGCCUGACGGGCCACUAUCUCCAGGCCAGCGGCUACACCAACGCACCUCACCACCAGCACCCGCACCACACACCAUUCCCAUCAGCCAAGCAGCAAAACGCCCACCCCGAGAAGGCAAGAAAGUACGGUUCCCGACUUCCGACGCGCCCGCAACCUCCUUCUGGCGUCGACAAGAGCCAACAAGGCUACAGCAAUCCGUAUCCGUACGGUCCCCCCCUCGAUCCCUGGAGCCGUCCGACGCCCUACCCAGGCUUUCCAGAAAGUUACCACGACCACAGCGGCUACGCCAUAUACGGCUACGGCGGAUACAUCCCGCCGCACAACAGCGGAAGCUGCCAUACGUCUCAGCAACCCGCAGGCUACAACACAACCCACCGGCACACAACCCGCGCAGACAGCGCGCGCACCCCCGACUCGCCCUUCAGCAGGCGCUUUCACGCCCAGACAGAAGUCAAGCACGAAACGCCCCCCUUCUCACCGCGCGCGCCGUCAGAGGACGACGCAGCGCCAACAACAGAACUCGAGGACGACACUGUCGCUGCGCUGGAUGCAGAGCUGCGCGCCACCGAGCUCGAGCUGAAGGUCGCGCGUCUGCAGGCGCGGCGCGCGGCGCUGGCGGGGCAGGCGAAGGCGCAGGCGAAGGCGAAGGCGAAGUAGGUAGCGGCGGUGGUCGGUUGAGGUUCUAAUUAGCAAGGGGAGCGUGGAUUCAUUCUUUGCAUUCUCUUUCUUGGGCCAGUGGUGUUUGGAAGGUCUUUAUUGAACUGAUUGAUCAACAUUUUUCGACUGCUGCGCCGCUGUUUGCAUCGCUUUUAUGUCGUGGUGAGACGUGAGACCUAUCUGGUUAUAUGUGUGGUUUUCGACGCGACCGUCUGUG